AAUAUUAAUUGAUGGACAUUCUUUUAAAAAAAGAGAAUAAAUUCCAAGUGUAGAUGACCAAUCUGAUUUACGUUUCCUUCUGGUUCAUCUCGGAACGAUGGAAAUCGUUGUAGAUAUUUAACGCGGCGAUUGUGCAAUUAAAUUUGCACUCAUUGCGCUCUGCCCCGGUUUAUCUUCGCGGAAGAUCUUUGCUAGCGGCGCUUAGCAUAAGCCGAAGCGACCUAGCGAGAUCUCUAACGCUAAAGCUAACCUAAGAACGAAAAAGAAAUUCCCUAUACCGGAGCUUAUUUAGCACCAUCGGAGUCUAAUGCAUGCCCGGGAUCGCGAUAGGCGAGAAUCAAAUCAUGUUCGAGCCAAAUUUAUUCCGACGAGGAACUGUGUUCGCUUCGACUUUUGUAAUGAGCAUAUCUAGAUCUUACGACGACCGACGUCGAACUCUUACGUAAUUAUCAAUUCAUGACGAUUUCCGCGUUUCUGAAAUGGAUUAUUUACCGGGAGUUGAAAUUACUACGGUUUUUGCUGCUGUUGGUGUCUACGAAAUUACAUCACCAACAAAGAAUGUGGGGUAAUUAUAUUGAUUUUUUCUGUUGAUCGAUGAACGUUAAAGGUCUUGGCGGUUUAUCUAAGGAAUGUCAGCUAUUAUUCUAUGUGAAUUGAUGCAAACUUUCGUAUCAGAAUGCGUACGGGUGUUGAUUACAAAAAAAAAUAAAAGGAAUUUCUUUGUCCAGUUAAGAAAUCAUCUUGUAACCCAGAUUUUUUAAAUACUACAUAAACUCAAAAUUACAUAUAAUCAUCGAAUCGUUUACUCGUUUACACUUGGCGUAACCUUGCUCGAGUAAAAAAGCCAUUCCGUCCAUUAAUUAAAUAUGAGCCGACGCAUCAUAACUCCGUCUGGAUUUCACACCUGCCCCAACAGAACGGAAUAUAUGCAUCGAGUUCUUGCCGUCCGUAUCAUCGGGCAAUUAAAGAAAGCAUAGUCAUUCCGAGUCAUCACAAUCAUCGCGCAGCGAACAUGAGCACCGGGCCUCCCGGGAUUUUACUUCUUCAAGAAGACGCCCAUCACGCACAGGGUAAGAAGUGAGAGGAUUCGCGAGAUAUCCGAGGUACCAGGAUGUUGUUAGAUGGACAAGAUUGAAGAGAAGAUACUGGAGGCAUCAUGUUGAAAGGAGGACUACCGCAUAAACGCUGGCAUGAGAGUUGUACGUGGUCAUCAUAAGAUAACAACCCAUAGGAACGGAAGUGGGAAGAGGAGAAAUGGAAAAAAUAGGGCUGGUCCCUAAAAUAAGAAGAAGAAGAGAAUUUCAUAUCUCAGUUGAGAUGUAAGAAUUUCUUUAAGAUAGUUAUUACUCAUUUCUGGGGAGUUUUGCCACGCUGAGUCUUUGGUGGGACUGCCAGAGUUAAUCUUUCUUAUAACGUUACUUGGAGGCUCCCAAUCACUUUUUUUGCUGGCAAGACGGGGAUUGCUCGAUUUUAAGAAGACGUGUUCAUUUAAAAUUAAUGCAAGCGAUACCUUUAAGGAUAGACCAAUCAGUCUGCUUCAAACAAGGACACUCAAGAAGCCAUCAAAUCCAGAGAUUAGUCGACUCGAUAGAGGUUGGUUUUGAAAAUAAAAUGUACAUAACAGCGCUGUUCCUGGAUAUCACGCAGGCUUUUGAAGUAUCUUGGAGUACACCCAGACACAAGACUGAGUUGAUAGGACAAUACAGGAUCACAGAGCCAAAAUCUGCAUUCUACGGUUGCUGAAUCUCCCAACCCUCUUAUAUCGAGCAUAACAAGCAUCAACGAAAUAUUUUGCUUCUUUAAGCAUUUAGGAUUAAACGCAGGGAAUAGCAAAAAUUUUAAGAUGUUCUAAGAUGGCUGCUAGCAGUGACGUUGUUCUUGAUAGAGGAAAUAACACAACGUGUACUGUUAAUUUACACGGUGCUACUGUUGUUUCUUGGAAGGUGAAUAAUCAAGAACAGAUAUUCGUCAGCAAAAAAGCUAUAUUCGAUGGGAAGAAAGCAAUAAGGGGAGGAAUACCGUUCGUUUUUCCUCAUUUUGGACCAUGGGAUUCCGGACCACAGCAUGGUUUCGCUCGCAUCAUGACAUGGACUUUGCAAAAACCCCCUGAAUGUUUAUCGAAUGGUGAUGUUGAAGCUGUUUUUUCACUACUUGAUAAUGACUUUACCAAAAAGAUGUGGAACUUCCCGUUUCGCCUAACAUAUCGUUUGACAUUGCAUGAAAAGGAGCUACAUUUUAAUGUAGGAGUAUGCAACCUAAGUGGUGAUGCAAGCAUGUGUUUUACCAUGCUUUUGCACACCUACUUCCAUGUUCCCGAUGUCGAACAAGUCAAAAUUAUGGGUUUGCAAGGUUGUACAUAUGUUGAUAAGGCAAAGGAUGGGGCAAUUUCUCAAGAAAAUCGCGAUGUGGUGACGAUUUGCCAAUAUACCGAUAGAAUCUACCAGAAUACUCCACAAGAACAUCUCGUUUCUAACGUGAUGUCGGGAUGUACGAUGCGCAUCCAGAAACAAAAUUUACCAGACACUGUCGUUUGGAAUCCUUGGGCUGAAGGUGCAAAGAAAAUGGCUGAUUUUGGAGAUGAUGAGUAUCCUAAUAUGGUGUGUGUUGAAGCUGGACAUGUUUCUACGGAGGUUACUUUGCCUCCAAACGUUACCUUUGAUGCUGGCCAAAUUUUACAAGUGAUGUAAUUUUUAAUAUACAUAUUGUUUUUGACUAAAAUUUAAUAAAGCAAAGAAUUAAAUUAU